ACAACUUCUGUUUUUGUUCCGAGCGGAAAUAAAAACAGAAAAAGAAGAAGAAGGAGAAGAAAAGUUAUCAGGAGGAUGUACUACUAUCGCUAUGACAACGCUGAGGUCAGCUGCUGCUAUAAAUACCUCAUGUUCAGCUACAACAUCAUCUUCUGGCUGGCUGGAGUUGCGUUUAUUUCCGUGGGUUUCUGGGCGUGGAGUGAAAAGGGGGUCCUGUUGGAUCUGACCCAGGUGACCAGGCUGCAUGGGUUCGAUCCGGUCUGGUUGGUCCUGGUGGUGGGAGGAGUCACCUUCAUCCUGGGCUUCGCUGGCUGUGUCGGAGCGCUGAGAGAAAACAUCUGUCUGCUCAAGUUUUUCUCCGGUGUGAUCGGGCUGAUCUUCGUCCUGGAGCUGACUGCAGCGGUUCUAGCCGUCGUGUUCCAGAGUCAGCUCAGAGAAUGGAUCAACGGGUUCUUCCUGGCAAACGUCAAGGCCUACAGAGACGACAUCGACCUGCAGAACCUCAUCGACUCCCUGCAGAGGAUGAACCACUGCUGUGGAGCUCAGGGACCCGACGACUGGGAUCUAAACGUGUACUUCAUCUGUAACGGAACCCAUCGCAGCAGAGAGAAAUGUGGCGUUCCGUUCUCCUGCUGCAUCAGUGAUCCUGCUGACUCGGUGGUGAACACUCAGUGCGGCUACGACGUCAGGAAGAGCAACAAGAGAGAGUGGAAUAAUCACAUCUACAUUAAAGGCUGCAUCGCUGCGUUGGAGGACUGGUUACCUGGAAACCUUUACACGGUGGCCAUCGUCUUCAUCGUCAUCUCUCUGCUGCAGAUGGUGGGGAUCUACCUGGCCAGGACUCUGAUCUCUGACAUAGAGAAGGUCAAAUUCAGUUACUGAAGCCACACCCCCAGGGGGCGGAGCCUUCAUUCCCAGGGGGAGGAGUCUUCAUUCCCAGGGGGCGGAGCCUUCAUUCCCAGGGGGCGGAGCCUUCAUUCCCAGGGGGAGGAGCCUUCA